GGAGUUCGGGAGCCGGUUACCAUAUGAAGGCGCCGACCGGCAUGUUCGCCAAACUGGCGCCCCUGUUCGAUGCCACCAUCAACUCCCGUACGCCCCAGGAGACCUGCGAUCGCCGGUGGCUUCUUUUUUGCCCCUUCCCCGUAGCUGUCAAGCGAGCGAGAGAGGAAGAGAAAGAGCGCGACGCACCUGAUGACGGUGAUGCGAUGAUGGUGGAGAAGAGAGAAGACGAGAUGGAGGCGUCGGCCGACGCGAUACCACCGCCGUUCUCCUCCCAGAUUCCGUCCACCUUUCCGCUUCCUGGAGGGUUCUUCGACGCCGACGGAGGGGACAAGGGCUCCGUCGGCUUCCUGGAGCUUCUCGGUCUCCGGGAUCUCAACCAGUCUCCCUUCCUAUUCGAGUUGCCCCGGCCGACCUCAGCAGUGGAGCCGCCGCCCGCGACGUCCGAUCCUCCCCCACGACUUCCUCCCCCGGCGGAGUCAUCCGACACUGCCAACUUCCCGGCGACACCGUCGUCGAUCUCGUCGUCCUCGACCGAGGCUGCCGUCAACGCGAUCAAGCCCGCGGCCUCCUCCAUCACCAACGGCGACGAGGGCGAGCAGGCGAAGACAAACAGAACGACCAAGGAGGAAGAGAAGAAGAAGAAGGGGCAAAAGCGUCAAAGGGAGCCGAGAUUUGCGUUCAAGACUCGGAGCGAAGUCGAUCACUUGGAAGACGGCUACCGGUGGCGCAAGUACGGACAAAAGGCGGUCAAGAACAGCCCCUACCCCAGGAGUUACUACCGUUGCACCAGCGCCGCGUGCGGCGUCAAGAAGCGGGUGGAGCGGUCGUCGGAGGACCCGGCGGUGGUGGUGACGACGUACGAGGGGCAGCACACCCACCCCAGCCCCAUCCGGGCACGUGGCGCUCACCAACCGCUCCCUCCGCCGUCCCUGGUCCUGUUGGAACCGCCCCCGCCUCCUCUGGGUUUCGGCUUUCCUUCGUCGGUGCGCUCCAAGGACGUUCACCUCCCCCUGCUCGGUUGCUAUCUCCCGCCUCCACCGUUGGAUUUCCGCCCCAUGACCGCUCCACAGCCUCUCAUGUUGACCUCCGAUCCGACCACCGCAGUCGCCAUCUCCGGUGAUCCGAGACACGGCUGCAAUAGGACAGCUGAGGUCUCCAUCAGGGAUCACGGGCUGCUGCAGGACUUGAUACCAUCGAAGAUAAGGAAGGAGGAGGAGUUGUAGAGUAAUGGUACGUUAAUUCUCUUUUAACUCUCCUUAUAAAAAAAUGCCUUUUUUUUUUCUCCUCCUCCUCUUUAGAAGUUUCUUUCUUCUGACCUCGAUCAGUUGAACGGAGGAUUCCUAGCAGUCCUUUACCAUGUACGCUGAUCACCUUCUGCUGAUGAUGUUGUACUAUUUAGUUGUCAUCCCAGCACUAUUCCUCUGUAUAACGAAUGACUAGUACAUCUUCCUUGAUU